GCCUCCUGAUUAUUGCCUGCCUACUUCCCUCUCACACGAAAGGGACACAGUUACAAGCAGCAACAACGUCUCCAGUUAUCUCCCUACUUGCAAUUUGUCCUGUGACUUGAUGCUGCUCUGAGCACUCCUCACGUAACUAGAAUAAUACCAUUCAUUGGAUAUCUACCCAUGUUCCUAGUCCAGCUCAGUCUAAGUCGACGUCAGACACUGGUCACGAAAAGAGUAUCCUCAAGCUAGCCCAUCCAUAUGUCGUCCUCGACAGCACCCAAGGGCUCCGAGCCCAGACCCGGGCCUCCAAAGUCUGCGAAAUCAUAUCCACAUCCCUCUGUCUCAGAUUCGACAGAUGGCAGUUCCAGCAAGCCUCAAAGAGCAAAUACUUUUCAAAAUGGAGCAGCCGUGGCGACUACAAAAGAUAGCGAGCAAAAACCUGAUACUUUCGAAUCCGAACCUACGGAGGAGGAAGAAGUCGAAAUUCCUCGAGCAUCCGUCGAUAUAGGUAUCAUUCCCAUAGAGUUGGUGAGCAUGACAGACAAUUUUAUCGAUUCUCUGUCUGCCAAGGUUCACCCCACCCCUCCUAAUAUCGAUAACCUUGCGAAGCUGUUCCAAGAUUUCUACCAUACAGCUGCACAACAUAUACAAACUCACAUUGCCUCUUUGGCUACUCGACAAACUCGCGAACAUUCUCUAAGCGCUGCCGGUUCAACACGGGCCUCGGCUGCAAGCUUAUUACGCGCAAAGGCUGCUUCCAUCGGAACCAGAGACAAGGCUAAGGCCACACAAACACAAGAACCGGAGCAGCAAAUGCUCACAGCCGAAGAAUUUGCCGAUAGGAAGCGAGCCAGGAAGGCCCUCGAACAGAAGAAGGUGCUGCUUGAAGAAGCAGUAGAGAGACGGCUUUGUGAGGGCAUCUAUGAUCGAAUAUAUCGCCACAGAACCACACAGGAUGAAGCACAAGACGAUAAAUUGAGGUCGAAGACCGCUGCGCUAGCCGUUGUAGGUAUUGGCCCAGCCGACCUCGGGGUUGACUUAGGCGAAUCCUCAGAAGAGGGGCCAGAAGCGUUGGUGAAGAAGAACGCAGAGAUCAGAGAGUACUUAGACCAAGCGCGGAAAGACCUUGUCCUUAUGAACCAGAAACGGUAUCCUUUGGGGAAGCUCAAUUGUCUCAAGGCUGCUCACAAGAGCAUCGUCGACACAUUAUCGUAUUUUCACCCUUCUUCAUCGGCAGACGAAAUCAUGCCUAUGCUCAUUUAUACGCUGAUAACCAUGCCCCCCGAGACUCUUAAUGUCAUUAGUGAUUCGAAUUUCAUUCAGAGGUUUCGCUGGGAAGAGAAACUCGAAGGGGAGGCCGCUUACUGUUUGACAAACCUUGAAGCUGCCAUUACCUUUCUGCAGACGGUGGAUUUGGCUAGCUUGAGGGCCGAUGAGGCCUCUACGACGCCAAGCAAACCUGGCGUUUCUAGGACAGAUACCUUCCCCCCUGCUUUUACCGCUGGUAUUUCUACACCUACUAGCAGCUCAGUAGUCACAACGCCUGAAAAUGUGUUAGGCGCCAAAUCAGCGCAAACAGCAAGUAGCUUUAGGGCCGCAGUUCAGCGCCGCAGGUUGAGUGAUCUUAUUCAAACACCUGCCCAAGCUAUAGGAACUGCAAGUGAUUCUUUCUUUAAUACCGCGGACCAGGGCAUUAAGACUAUUGGAAACAGUUUGAAUGAGAGCUACCGGUUCCUCCUUGGGAAACUCCGUGACGAGUCGGCUGAUGGUCGCGAAGUUGUCGUGCCGCGCACAUUGGACGACGCCCGGAAACUAGUAGAAACGCCAUCCCCUGACGACGCCAUGGCUCUCGAUGAUCCUGCAUUAACACAAAACGAUGAUCUCGACCGAUCGCCGGGUGGCAGAGAUGAUAAGCUUGUCUCUCUAGUAGUGGGUAAGAAAGCUGUUCGGGACCAUAGCACGGACAGUAUUCGCAGCGGGCGAAGCACCAGCAGCUCCAAAAAGGUCUUGUUCGCCGACGACAACAGGGAAAAGACCACACCUUUAAGCUCAACACCCCCAAGCUCCAAUCCAGCUCUCGUUGAAUCAAUGCGGAAUCUUGGCAACUCGUUGAAUCCCAUCAGUAGGCUCUCGGGAAUAAGCAUGAUGCGAGGCUUUGGUCGAACACCGACUACGCCUGCGCCAGCUAACCCGAGGGAUGCCCCGGGCAAGGCGACUGAAGGAGGAGACUUGGGAGCGGCAUUUCCAGACAUUGCGGCCUCCCUACCGCCAAAAGACGUGCCGAAAAUUGACCCGCCAAAGAAGCGCUUCAUAGAGUUACAGAAUCCUGCUGACCUUAGGAUCGGUGAGGUACUGGAAUUACUACGGGAUUACCGGAGACUAGCUGGCGCACUGAAGGAUAUGAAUGCCUUCAAGGAAUGAAUGGCGCCAUGUCGAAGAGC